CCCCGCUCCCGCGUUCAUUUCAUUCCUCCCCUCAUUCCGCGCAUUCCUCGCAUCGCUGGCGCCGCGCAGCCCGGCCGGGAGCCCGGCCCGCCCCGCCGCCGGCCGGGCAGCAACUCAUCCUCCGAGGGCUCCGUCCGCCGGCCCGCGGCAAGCUCCCGGCGCGGUAUAAAUAGUCGGGCGGCCGAUUAAAAAUAGGCGCGGGGCCGUAAAUAGCCGGGGCGGCGGGCGAAGUUUGCCGUCGGAGUGUGGUGCGCUGGCCGUGCGCGGAGGGGGGGCCGCGGCGCGGAGAGCUGCUGCUGCUGCUGGUGGUUAAUUGCACAUUCAAGUGGAAAAUUUUCGGGAGUCAGCAGAAACAUUGUAUCCAAAAAAGACAAAGUCGCAGUUACACUACCACCGAGGAGAUUGUCCGUGGAAAACUUCCAUUCGGUUUAUUGCCUUUAAGACUCCAAGCUUAAGCUUGGAGACCCCAGCCAUCACCAUUGAGCCCAGCAGCUGGAGCGGCAGCGAGAGCCCUGCCGAAGAUAUUGAAAGAAUGAGCGAUUCUGCAGAUAAACCUAUUGACAAUGAUGCAGAAGGUGUCUGGAGCCCUGACAUUGAACAGAGCUUUCAGGAGGCUCUAGCUAUCUAUCCACCAUGUGGGAGGAGGAAAAUCAUCUUAUCAGAUGAAGGCAAAAUGUAUGGUAGGAAUGAAUUGAUAGCCAGAUACAUCAAACUUAGAACAGGGAAGACACGGACCAGGAAGCAGGUGUCUAGUCACAUACAGGUCUUAGCAAGAAAGAAAGUUCGAGAAAUUCAAGCCGCCAUUAAGGUGUCUAGUCACAUUCAGGUUCUUGCCAGAAGGAAAUCUCGUGAUUUUCAUUCCAAGCUGAAGGUAACAAGCAUGGAUCAGACAGCAAAGGACAAAGCACUCCAGCACAUGGCAGCAAUGUCAUCAGCUCAGAUAGUCUCAGCUACUGCUAUUCACAACAAGCUGGGCCUGCCAGGAAUUCCCCGUCCUACAUUUCCUGGGGCACCUGGGUUUUGGCCGGGCAUGAUUCAAACGGGGCAGCCUGGAUCCUCACAAGAUGUAAAGCCAUUCGUUCAGCAGGCCUAUCCUAUACAGCCAUCAGUCACAGCUCCCAUUUCAGGAUUUGAGCCUACGUCAGCUCCAGCUCCCUCGGUCCCUGCAUGGCAAGGCCGAUCAAUUGGUACGACCAAGCUCAGGCUGGUGGAGUUUUCAGCUUUCCUUGAACAGCAGAGGGAUCCUGAAUCAUACAAUAAACACCUCUUCGUACACAUUGGACACGCCAACCAUUCUUACAGUGAUCCGUUGCUUGAAUCGGUGGACAUUCGUCAGAUAUAUGACAAAUUUCCUGAAAAGAAGGGCGGUCUAAAGGAAUUGUUUGGGAAGGGGCCCCAAAACGCUUUCUUCCUCGUAAAAUUCUGGGCUGACUUAAACUGCAACAUUCAAGAUGAUACAGGAGCAUUUUAUGGAGUGACCAGUCAGUACGAGAGCUCAGAAAACAUGACAAUCACAUGUUCCACCAAAGUCUGCUCUUUUGGAAAGCAAGUAGUAGAAAAAGUAGAGACUGAAUAUGCAAGGUUUGAGAAUGGCAGAUUUGUGUACAGAAUAAAUCGCUCUCCAAUGUGUGAAUAUAUGAUCAACUUCAUACACAAGCUGAAGCAUUUACCAGAGAAAUACAUGAUGAACAGUGUGUUGGAAAACUUUACAAUUUUAUUGGUUGUAACGAACAGGGAUACACAAGAAACCCUACUCUGCAUGGCUUGUGUAUUUGAAGUGUCAAACAGUGAACAUGGAGCACAGCAUCAUAUCUACAGGCUUGUAAAGGACUGAGCAGUUAUUUAUAUAUACACUUCAUUUCACUUCUUUAUCAAAACACAGACUGUAAACCUCAACACUUAAGUGGCAGCGCCUCUGGCCCAACUUUCACCCACAUUUUUCUAAAUCCUGUUUUAGUGAAGUCAUUUUUAAUGUGUUCAUAUAUAAUUGUAGCUGUGAAAUUCUGGUACAGUUGUAAAAAAUUGUUUCUAAAACUUAAUUGUUCUUCAAAUUUCUAAACCACAGUUCUUUGGGAAGACUGUAUUUAAGAACCUAAUGCCUCUGUCUGUGGAGGCCUGUUUUUAAUUCUGAUAGAAAAAUGUAUGACAGAGCAUUUGCCAUGGGGAAAAACUGACAGCAUUUAUAAGAUUUUUUUUCCCAACACAAAAUACUUGUUUUACAAUUCAAGUGAAAUUGAAAUGAAUCUUUAGCUAUAACUGUAAAUGAGUACACAGUUAAUAAUCUUUAUAGAAUUAUCUUUGUAACUAAUUAGGGUGGACAAUAUGGACAAAUGUAAUUCACUAAAUUAUAUUUUAAAAUGAAACAUUUUUCUGUUUGAAACCAAAUGAAAAUAUAUAGCCUUAAGAAAUGCCUGAUAAGAAACAGACAGGUCCUAAAAUUAGGCAAAUUUUGUAUUUUUUUCUCAAUGCUAAAACUAAUCUUCUAAUCCAUUAAACUUUGAAACAGGUAUUGCAGAGAAAGAAAACAUCAUCCCUUACCCCUAACCUAUCUAGUGUAUUUUAAAAGAGUAUAAAGUUGUAUUGUACUAAUAUGAAAUUUUGAUUAUUUAAUGAAAAAGAUGGCUCAUUUUGCAAUAAGUAGGUAAAUACUGAAGAUUUAGACUUGCAUUAUACGUAGUCUUGCGUGUGCAGUUAUAUUUUAUACGGACAGCUAUGUUUUCUAAUAAGUUGAUUGAAAAACUCGCAAUUCUGAAAAAAGAUGAAUGGAAACAACAGGCAUUGCAACAACAUUGAGUAAUUCAUAAACUGAAAGCAGAACACUAAAGUGUUUGAGAGAAGAAUGCAUACACCUCUGAAAGGAUCAACAGCUUUAAUAUCUAUGAGACACUAGAAAGUCACAACCAACAGCAGGCAAAGAAGAUUGGAAAGUGGAGAUUUUUUUUUCUCCUUUUCCUCUUUAUCAUGGUGCUCUUACACCUCUCCCCAGUUCUCUCUCCAGUUCCUACUGGCAAAGACCUUAUAUGAAACAAACAUGUACAUACCACAUGGGGACCGAUGUCCUUUUGCAUCUGGAUGUGGUAGUACUCAUCCUUCUGAUAUAUCAGGGAAGACUCCAGGAAGUGAAGUGCAGCUGGAGAUAUUUUAAUACUGUAAAGAUUCAAAACACAGAUGUGGGUGUGAGUGAUUAUCCAAGGUACGCACAUGUGAGAUAAGUAUUCUCAUUCUUCCUGGCUAAGCCAGAGUGUUGUUCAGUUUCUUUUCUUCUGCUGCACACCCAGCACUAUCCUACAGUUGCCCAAGCAGCAGUUGUUUCAGCAGGUGCUGGUUCAACAGUGGGUUCUCAUGAAAAACAUUUGUCAGAAAGGCUCAGGAUCACCUGGCCAAGCACAAGCCACCUUAAAGAUCAGUCAUGAAGUAUCGGCAAAGGGUGUUCUUGGGAAGGUCCUUUGCAGCUCUGAAUCAAAGAAGUUAACAUUUAACAGCUCCCUCCGCACUGACAUUUAAUGAUAUGUGCCCAUGCACAAUUUAACUCUAGAAUUUAUUUCCAGGCAACAGUGCUCUAGUCUUCAAAAAAACACUUUUAAUUUCUGGUUAUUUUAUAUUUGUAUAGUAUCCUCUGUUAGAAUUGCCCAUGAUUGAAUUAUCUAGACUAGAAUAUAGCCUAGACAUGGUAGCAGGUUGCUGUACACCUGCGGCAGACCAUAUUCACAUUUAACACUGCUGAGGACUCACAUUAGAGGAAGACACAAACAUCUAUGAGGGGAAGGGAGACUGCUUAGCUGGCUGCUGAUCUAAUGCUACUAGGUGGAUGAUUGCUGUGAUGUCUAGCUGUUAUCUGCUUGUGGAUAUUAGGGCUGAUGAUCUUUCAGUUUAUAUUCUGUGAACUGAACAGAUAAAUAUGUCCAUGGUAAGAUCUCUUUUAACACUCAUUUUUACACUAACAAUCACAUCGGGAAAAGCACUGCAUUGUAACAGCCUAACGGUAGCCCUUUAUUCUAAGCACUUGGUGUUACAAGUCAAAAACUACUUUUUUUGUUUUAUUUUGUUCUAAAGUUUGUCUGUUAUUUAGGGUUUGAAUUGUGGUUUUGGUGAUUUUUUUUAAUAACAAGCAAACUCUUUGAGGCGUAUAAAGUAUAUAAGUCAAUUUGCAAAACCAGGUACAGGUUUUUUUUAACAGAAUCUGGCACACUACAUAUGUCAUAACUAUAGGGUAUAAAAAUCACAAUGUUUAUUGGUGUUCACUUAUGUAAUAUUAGGGAAACUAUUUCCAUUGUCUUUUCUUUACACUUCUGUAAAUGAUCCAUACCCUGUAUAUGUUAAUUCUUAAAAGCCUUAAUCCUUCAACUGUUCAGUGUGGGGUGUGUAGUCCAACAGGCUGCCUGUAAACUGUGAGCUCUUUUGUAAGCUGGAAGUACUUAUCCUGUUACUGUUACUUUUUGUAGGAACCUUUUAAUUGAGAGCUGCCAAAGCAUUACAAUAUGCAGUGCCUUAGCAUUAUAUUAGAAGUACCUUUAGCCUCUUAACACAAACUUUAUAUAUAGUUUUAUCAAUUGGUUCCAUUUUUAAAAAUGUCUAUAUUUUUUCCCACAGAAAAGCUCUUUGACUAGCUUGGUCUAAAUGAACCUUCAGUACAAGUCAAUCCCAUUGCUACGCAGUUAAGUGUCUAUACCAAAAGGAAAGGUUACAGAUUCAUAGUUCACCGUGAAAAGUGAAUUGUAUUAAUAAUGCUGCCUUUUUAAAUUUCAUGACCAAAUAAUUAAUUGACUCUUCUGCACUCUAGCAUGAAAGUGCCUUUGGUUUGAAAUUCCAGCUUAGAAAAGUGCUGCCAUAAUAAUGACAAUUUGUAGAGAGACCAAAAAUAUUUAGUUAUCACCAUAAUGCCUUUGGUUUAUUGGAAUAAGUUGAAACUACAGGCCUCCAUUCACAAAAGAGCACCAUUUAUAGCAAUGUAAUUUUGCUAAUGAUCAACCUGCUGGAGAAUAACGUACUGUUUGCCAUUUCUGACAGCAUUGCAAACCAGCAACUGAUUUGCCUAUGAUAUAAAAAUGAAAAUGAUUCACAUUUAUAUUGUCUUCAACCAGUCGUGUGUCUAUCUGCAUAAUGAGAUCCAUGCACUGCAGAAUUUCAGACAGUGGACAAAUGAGACUUUAUUGUUCUCCUCUAAUAAUAUUUCUUUAUCUGUGAAGAUUUUUUAAGACAGAAGAUUUUGUUUACAAAAUUGUGCAUACUGAAGGUCAGAUGCAUAAAACGAGAUGAAAACGGAGGACAACAGCUAGGGUAAAAGCAAUUGUGUGUUUUUAAAAACUGAAUUAAGUGUGAGCAUUGUGGCUGAAGGUGCUGUUAGAUAACUCUGGCCAACACUGUUCAAAACACAGGGUUGUUUUGUUUUGUUUUUGUCCCACAUGAUGUCAUGCUAAGAAAAAUGUAGCUCCUCUUAAACAUAUGACUGUAUUUGAUACCUUCUGUGAACGGGGGCCGUACUGUGUACACUACAACUAAAAUCAAUGGGAAGAGGAGCAAGAUUUUAAGAAAAAAA